AUGUACUUUCUUAAUAAUGAUUCGGAAGCUAUUAAAAGCGAACAACGGGCCAAUCCCAAAACGGAGAAGAAAGGCUGGACUCCGGCUGGUGGAUUUCAUCUCUCAAUCGAAACUUCUCCGUUCGAACGUUACAACCUCCUUCUUGCCCUGUUGUCACCUCCAGCAUCCCCGUUUCUCCCACCCUUCACCCCCUCCCCCCAUCAGGCCGACCACGACGUUUUGACCUUCGUCGUCUACUUACCUGAGUGUUCUCCCGAGCCUCAAUUUGGUUCACAUUUCCAUCUCGUCUGGUUGUUCGCCCUGGUUGACGGUUCCGGAGCUGAUGAUAAUUCCCCUGAAUUUGACAUCGCCACUGCCUCCCCUGCCUCCCCUAUCUGUCUGCGCCGUGUUAAGGGUGAACCGCUCCUGACCUUCGUGACAACGUCUUUUCCGGGACUAUCGCCUUCUGUGGGCAUUCAAAGUGCCUGUUUACGGAAACAAUACGUUUAA